AUGGUUCAUGAUGAUGUUGGUGAUGAUGAUGGUGGUAGUGAUGGUGAAAGUAGUGAUGGUGAAAGUGAUGAUGAUGAUGGUGGUGAUGAUGGUCGUGACAAUGGUGACGUAGCCUGCGAACAGGAUCUCAAGGUGAAAUGAGCGCCUGCAUCGAUGACUAAUGAAUUUGAAUAUCUGCGUCUCAAAUCGUGACGCGAAAUUCUCAUUGGUCAGAUGCUAUAAUUUACAUGCUGAAGCACUAUGUAUAAAAAACACAUUAACUGAUCAAAUUGGUCUUGGCCAUCUUAUCUCAAAGCACGAAAUGUUCUGUUUUGAGAAAACAGUAUUCAAAACAUUUAAACUUUUGCUUGAAUAUCUUAUAUUUCGAAAAACAGUAUAAACUGUACGGUCUAAAUUUAGUUUGCACGGUCUAAAUUUAGUUUGCAUGAAAGUUGUAAACAACACCAUAUAAGGACAGACAUUCCAUAUUUGGAAAAACGAACGUUACGGGGCAGAUAUUCAAAAUUGUAUAUCAUCAGUGGAGGCUCUCAUUUCACCUUGAGAGCCUGUUCGCAGGCUAAUGGUGAUGAUGAUGGUCUUGAUAGUUGUCAUGAUGGUGGUGGUGGUGAUGAUGAUGAGUGUUAACAAAUAUUAAUCAUUCUUCUGUGUAACAAACCUCUAUACCUACUCUCUGUAGCAGCUGCACGUCUCACGUAUUAUCAAUAUCUGACAUGUGCACUUGUGCAACUCCCUCAAAACAGCAAUACUGUUUUUUUUUAUUGUGGCAUAAAUUUAUUACUAGGACACCAAUAUGGUUCUCAUUACCUAUAUCUAAACUUAAAAAAUCAUGUGGUAUAAAUAAAUGCAUCUACCUAUUUCGUGACUGAAUAGAAUUUAUUUUGUCAAGCCAUGUAAUUAAUUUUGAAAUUGCUGUGACUUUGUGUAACCCUUCUGCGAGAAUUGAACUUAAACCCUAAAGCACCAACCCAUCCCCAACAACAAAAUUACAUCUUACUAUCAAUUUCAAUUUGUCUUUGAAAUCUGACCACCAAUGUUUAUUUGUAAAUUCGGAAUGUUUGUUGUAAAGCUCGGAAUGUAUGUUCGAUUGCAGUUCGUUUUAAAGUUGGUUCCGAUGGCGGAAGUAGGUAUAUUGAAAUUGUAUAAUGGAUACUUAGUGAAAAUCAGGCCGAGUUGAAUUUAAAUGGUGCUUAUUUCUACUCAAAAUAUGGGUCUCUAGUUACUUGUUUCUAUAUACACCUGUUGACUCUGGAUGGUCUUCAGAAGUAUCAAAUAAUGUACCUGCCAUAACAAGGGCAGAUUUCGUUUUAAGCCAAUCAGCGUGUUGACAUUUUCGCUCUCGGCCAAUCAGAAAGUUCUACAUUUAAAAACAUAAACAAAAGGAGCGAGAAAAUAUGAUCGUAAUCUAAGGCUUCCGUGAGCUACAAUAUUAACUUUUUUAUCUGAAACCGAAAGAUUCUAAUAGAAAAUACAUAUAUCUUGAAUUUUGUCGUGGGACUUUUUAAAUUUCGACACAGAUCUCGAAAUAUCGAUGUUUGAAUUACCACCAUGAUUGCGCUCUGUAGCUGCAUCAUCUAUCUAUCAAAUGGAUCAAUCUUUGAGAAAUAACGCAGUUUUCAUUGGGAAAUACCACUGUUUACAUUGUUUUUGUACCAAUUUAAACAAGCAACAGCACAGAAACACGAUUUAAUUCAAACUUAUUUUGGGCGAUGUAUUUUACUUUAGCUGGACAUUCAAAUUGGUUUUCCCCAGUGGUUUUCCCUUGCAAACGCGGUUUUUCCUUGCGGCGCAAAAAUAUAUUUUUUAUACCUUUCGAGUUUCAAAAAAAAACAGCGACACAAAUUACAACAGCGACAAAAUGCCAAAAUUUAAAAAGGAUUGCAAUAAUCCUUUACAUGAAAAUUGGUCAAAUAGUGACGAGGGGAAAGUUGUCAAUCUGCAGACCCGUGGUUUAUUGAAGGUUGCACAAUGCUUUACAGCAAUACGUGGAACAAGAAUUAGGCAAAAAAGUUCGCCAUAAAAUAAAACAUCUUUGUGCAACCUGCUUAAAAACGUGCACGAGAACGCGUUAAAUAACCAAAUUCUUUGCCAAAGAUGAUCUUGAGGAUGUGAAAAAAUAGGUACGCAGUGCGUACAUGUUGCAUGCCAUCUGAAACUUAUCAUGUGCUAUAGCGCUUACAUAAACCAUUGGUACAACUGGCGUGAAACUUAAAAUAUUGAUCAUUCAAUAAGUUUAAAAUAUCAAUAUAUUUAUUGAAAAAUAGCUAUUAUGUCAAAAUAAGAAAACUUAAGAUUCUCACGCGAGUUAGCCUACGGUGUAAACCCCAGCAGAAACACGCGCAUAGGCCAUGUUUUUAUAAGCGACCGUUAAUAGUUAGUUGCAAGCGACGGUAAUAAUAACAAUAACAAGGACAAGGUGGGUCAAGGUUUUAUCAAAUUUAUAACUAAAUAACGUUAUUUCCUUUAGAUUUAGCUUUAUUGUAACUUUUUAAACGUAUAAAAAAACGUGAUAACGGUGAAUUACUAUAAUAGAUUGAAAAUGAUUAUUAUUUAUCAUUUUGACGUUUGAGUGAUUGAAAUGAGUUAAUUUACACUAGAUCGAAUGUCAUGUUGAAUGUCAUGUUGAAUCUUAUGCGUACUUCACAAUGGUUGCUAUUUGGUUGUAUUAAAUUUCAAUAGUAUGUAUAAUACUAUUUAUAAUUCAAAUUUUGUUUGAUAUUUAUAUAUCAUGUUAUUUACAAAAUGUGCUGUAGUUUUGAAGCUUUGCACACAAUAUAAUCAGUGCGAGCACAAUGGCUCCGUUUCAGUUUGAGUAUAUAAAAGUCGAGUAUUUAACUGUAUUUUGAUAGCGUUCGCGGCUUAAAGGCUUUCACGAUAUAUAAAUAUAAACGCCCGAUAAUUGAUAAAUAAUCACUAAUCAGUGCGAGCACAACGGCUCCAAAAUAACAACAAAUAACAGAAUAUAAGAUAAGCUAAAAACAGUAAAGCUUUACCUAACUCGAUUUAUUUUUCUAAAGCGCUCAAUUAUUUAAGUUUUCGGCGAUUAAUCAAUGUUUCUUUGCGUUUCCUCGACGAAAACCCGGCAUGAAAAUGCUUGUCGGAAAAACUCUGUAUUUGUCGUAUUUUACGAAUCUGCCACGUGACUGGUACGCUCACCGACCACGACACGAAAUUUAGAGCUAUAUGAAACUGAAAGUUGCAUGCCAUAUAUGGCAUGCAACAAAAAGUAUACAGCAGAGCCAGGCAGGAAAAUUAGCCAAUAGCAAUAAAUUAUUUCAAACCUGGACAGGUUAGCUACUCAAAGGAACCCUAUAGAAUAAAGUUUGACUUUGGUACUACAUUUCAAUGGUAAAAAGCUUCGACAUUAUGGAAUAAAAGGAAUUUGUCUUCAGUGGUUUAAAGAUUAUAUACAGGAAAUAACUCAAAUUGUAAAAUAUAAACAACAUAGGUCAACUGAAAUGAAUGUUACUACAGGAGUUCCACAGGGUUCAAUUCUUGGUCCACUGCUAUUUCUUUUAUACAUCAACCACAUGGAAAGCUGUAGUAAUAGUAUACUUUCGUUCGUAUUGUACGCAGAUGAUACGAAUGCUUUCUAUUCACAUUCGUGCUUGAAAAUUGUGUAUAAUACAAUACAAAAUGAUAAUGAAAUGAAUAAAGCCCUGAUUCCACGAGCGCUUUUGUCAGCGAAAUGCGAAAUAUUUCGCCUGUUUCUUUCGAAUUGCGACCACCCGAAUAAAUUAUUUCUACUUGAUUGCUCACAAUUCAAAAGAAACAGGCGAAUUAUUUCGCAUUUCGCCGAGAAAAGCGCCCGUGGAAUCAGGCCUUAAGGUUGUGAAAUGGCUCAAUGCCAAUAAAUUAUAAAUCAAAUCAAAAUUUAAAUAAAAAAGUCUUUAUUGAAUACAGAUAAUACAAUCAAAAUGACUAAUGAUUUGGUUAAACAAGUGACGUUUGUAAAGUUUCUAGGAGUUAUAAUUGACGAAGAGUUGACAUGGAAGAACCACAUUUGCUCAGUUCUGAAAACUUGAUUAUUAAAUGUACAGGUCUGGUCGCUAAACUAAGACAUUAUACAAAUAGAAACACUUUAUUUACUACGCAUUAGCUUAUCCAUACCUCACGUACGGGAACUUUGUUUGGGGAAAUACAUAUCCCACGAGAUUGCAAAAAAUAAUGAAUGUACAAAAGAAAAUUGUUUGAUUAAUUUGUUUUAAAUCUUAUUCGGAUCAUUCUGAACCAUUAUUUUUGGACUUGAAAAUCUUGAACGUCUACAAAAUUAAUGAUUAUAUAUGUAGUAUAUUUUAUCUUUUAUUAUCAAAAUAAUUUGCCGGACUUUUAUUGUGAUUAUUUUAAACGAAAUAGUGAAUUACACAGUUAUAAUACACGUAAUUCCACCAAGUUACACGUGACUUUCAAAGAACUAAUUAUCGUAAAUAUACUGUGUUUAACAAAGGGGUCUCUAUAUUCAAUGGUCUCAAUGAAAAUAUCAAAAAUAUCAAACCGUAUUUCUCUUUUAAGAAAAAAAUAAAAUCCUAUUACUUACUAUCUGCUUAAUGCAGAUAAUGUAAAAUAAAGUCAACUUUUAUCUCCUUAUUCUUUUAAUUAUUUUUAUUAUAAGUAAACACAUGCUUUGAGGGAGAUUGCGAGGACAUUUAAUCACUAAUUUCCCUCAAAGCAUGCGUUCAGUUUGUAAAUACAUGGUAGCCGAGGCAACCGCGUGUGGUGUGUUGCCUGUUUUGAAUGCUUUUUGAUUGUCUUACGAUUGUGGUACGAACACUUUUCAUAUAUACGCACGCGCAGAAACACAUAUCCGUGUUCAUUCGUUUUAAUCAUGCGCAUAAACGGAGUUUUCUCCCACAAUUGAAAUGUUCAAGAUUGUGGAAUAAAAGCUGGCAAAGUGAUUGUUCGAAUGUGUACGGGACGGUGUCGUCAGAUACUGUCCAUAGUUGUGCCGAUGAUUUUCGAUGAGGUACAGCUCUCCAAUCAGAGGUAAUGAGGUACGCUUUUGUCUUCUAAAUAUCCCUCAUCAAGCAUGCAGGGGAAAAUUAGAGGACAAAGAAAUCCCUUGUUUUCAACUAAAUAUCCCGGUUUCCGGGGAAAUUUAGAAGACAAAAGCGUAUUCAUGGGUAAUGUCAUAUUAGUCUUUUGGACAAUGUAAUUAUUUGUUAUGAAAUUGCCUGUUACUGACUUGACUAUAUUAUAUAAACUUUUGCAAUAGCACAGUGUAAUAAUGGCAGGGAGGGUGUGUGAAUUGAAAUGAAAUAAAAAUAAGAACUACAACAAGUACCAUAUCUGUAUAUUCUGGUUUUGUUCUUGAUAUUAUUUAAUGAUCACUACAAUUACCCUCUCCUUGCAUAACUUUGAAAAUGUACUGCAAUGACUCUAUUAUGUAAUUACUAUAAAAAUAUAUAUUCUACUGUAUUAUACUAUAGUUGGUCAUUCCAGAAUGUUCGACCUUCACUGAAUACCUUGAGCCCGGUCAACAAUCAGAUGAUAAUCGAGAAGAAUCCAAUAGCCAACGUAGUGACACAGUGAUAGAAAUUCGUGAGUUUCCUGGGAGUCCACAAAAUGUAGAUCUACAAGCCCUAGAAAAAGUAACAAACAGUCAAAAAGGUGAUACAACAACGAUCUCUUUCAGUUCGCCAAGUCAAACGAUUACCAUGGAUAGCCAAGACCUUUGUCCAACUAAAGAUCUACAAACCCUAGACGAAGUAACAAACAGUCAAAAAAGUGAUAUAACAACAAUCGCCUUGAGUUCGCCAAGUCAAACGAUUACCAUCGGGACGGUGUAUUCCUCUCAGUAG